AUGUCCUUCUCUUAUGCCGGCGAUGUUCCGCCAUCUCCGCCCCGGCCGCUUGUCGAAAAGGCUCGAACUCCGCCUCCAGCCCCACCGCCGCCAACCGUGCCCCCGACAGGAUCCCCUGGAGCUUUCUUGGUUGAAUUACUGAUCUACAAUGGCUCGCCAUUCAAAGACCACUGGGCAUACUUUGUACGCUCUCGUGCCGAUGAUGAUACCGGUGUCAAGAUCCACGCGACCGGCGAUGUGCGUAAUGGCUUCAAAUUCGAGGUCAAACGCAGUCAUGACCUCACAAACACUUCAGACAUCCCUACAAAAAGGGUCCCGCUGCAGUGGGUUGAUGCUCGCCACUUUGACGAAGACGCGAUGCUCAAUUGGGGAGUGGAAGAGAUUGAUGAGAGGCCUGUUUGCGCUUUCGAGGCUUGUGCAUACAAGGCAAAGGCUCCCGGGAAGACUUUGAAUGCAGCCGAAGACAAGGAUACGUCAGGUAAAAAGGUGACCCUCAAGGACUGCCAAACAUGGCUGGUGGAUGCAGCGGACUGCCUUGUCGAAGAUCGCAUGUUCAGUUCUGAAGUUGCUGUUUACCUACACGCGAUUACACAGUGA